GUUGCUGCUGGGACCAGAACAAUGUCACUAGCUUCAGUAUUUUGCCUACAGCUCUGUCUAUUUGUCUUGCUCUUGUUCAUGCUGCUGGCUUGGGCUCUAGUGAAGUGGUACCUAAGGUCAAGACAUGGCACACAGGAGACACUGGAAGGUUACUAUGGUUCAGCAGAGCUAGUUGCAGUGAGUGUACAACAUGUGCCUGGGAACAUUCAAAGGGAGGAAUCACAGAGAGAGACCUCAGGUUAGCCCCAACAGUUAUUGUGAGGACGAAGGAAGGAGCCAAGGUCUAGUCCAGCUAUUGCCUAUUGCCUAUUAUAGGCAAUAGACUA